GGACCCAAGUCAUUAUUUUUUUUUGUAUGGUCUACAAUGGAUUUUGCAGUAUUUGCAUUAAAACCCUUGUAUGUGAUGGGGAUGGCUGUGGAAUCUCAUGCCUGAUUUCUUGCUGUUUGGAAAUGCUUUUUCAGGACCUUGGUGUUUUCAUUUACAUGCUGUGACACAGUGUGGGAAAUAAUACAGCUCUCUGGGAGUGCUGUAGCCCCCCAGGCUUACACCUCCCCUGGUGUGAGACCAAGGACAUCAUCCUUGCUACAGCAGCUAUUCCUGCUCUGAAGGAUCCUCUGCUGUCCCUAAUGGAUUAGCCAGCAGAAUCACGUUCAUUGGGAAAUCGGAUUACAGUUGAAUAGAUUGUAUCUCUGUUAUUUUUUUUUCCAUUGCUCUAGCUACUUACUGUCCCUUCCCCCAGUUCUUUGGGGGCUACCUGGGUUAUGGCUUCAAAUCAGAUCCUCGUUUUGCUGUUCCUUGCAUUGUACUCCACCUUGCUAUUAACAGCAGCUGCUGCUGCUCAGAGUGAGGAACGUGUAUGUGCAUAUAAAGAUCCAAACCAGCAAGAACAAGGAGUGAGUGAAAGUCAGAUCUCAGAGAAUGGAACCAUUCAGUGUUCCAAAGGUAGUACUUGCUUUGGACUGUGGGAGAAGACAAGAGACGGUGAAAUCAAUCUGGUCAAGCAAGGCUGCUGGUCCUACAUAGGCGACCCUCAUGACUGUCAUUAUGAAGAAUGUGUUGUUACAACCACUCCACCGCUCAUACAGAAUGGGACAUACCGUUUCUGCUGCUGCAAUGCAGAUAUGUGUAAUGGCAACUUCACUGAGAAUUUCACACCUCCAGAUCCCACAGACACCACACCAUAUAGUCCAUCUGGCUGGUUUCAACGAGAAGUGACCAUAAUCAUUGCCCUGGCUUCAGUGUCUGUGAUGGCGGUUGUGAUAGUUGUUGUCUUCUUUGGAUAUAGGAUAUUUGGAGGAGACCGAAAGCAAGGCCUUCACAGCAUGAAUAUGAUGGAGGCAGCAACCUCAGAGCCAUCUCUGGACCUAGAUAAUUUAAAAUUAUUAGAGCUCAUCGGUCGAGGCCGCUAUGGGUCUGUAUACAAAGGAUCCUUGGACGAACGCUCUGUGGCAGUAAAAGUCUUCUCAUUCAACAAUCGCCAGAAUUUCCUCAAUGAAAGAAGCAUUUACAGAACCCCUUUGCUGGAGCAUGAUAACAUUGCCCAUUUUAUUGUCGCAGACGAAAGGGUGACUUCAGAUGGCCGUAUGGAAUACCUCCUUGUGAUGGAGUACUAUCCAAAUGGAUCUCUGUGCAAGUAUUUAAGUAUUCACACGAAUGACUGGCUCGGCUCCUGUCGUCUGGCACACUCCAUAACCAGAGGAUUAGCAUAUCUUCACACAGAAUUGCUACGAGGAGAACAUUAUAAGCCAGCCAUUUCCCAUCGUGACCUCAAUAGCCGCAACGUGCUUGUGAAAAGUGAUGGAACGUGUGUGAUCAGUGACUUUGGCCUGUCUAUGAGACUGACUGGAAACAGGCUGGUACGGCCAGGAGAUGAAGACAAUGCAGCCAUCAGUGAGGUUGGCACAAUUCGUUACAUGGCUCCUGAAGUUCUAGAAGGAGCUGUUAACUUGAGGGAUUGCGAAUCUGCUCUGAAGCAAGUGGAUAUGUAUUCUCUGGGUCUAAUCUAUUGGGAGAUAUUCAUGAGAUGCACAGACCUCUUUCCUGGGGAGUCUGUACCAGAAUACCAAAUGGCGUUCCAAAUUGAAGCUGGAAACCACCCAACAUUUGAAGACAUGCAGGUACUGGUGUCCAGAGAGAAGCAGAGACCAAAAUUUCCAGAGGCUUGGAAAGAGAACAGUCUGGCUGUAAGGUCGUUGAAAGAGACAAUCGAUGACUGCUGGGAUCAGGAUGCUGAAGCUAGACUCACGGCACAGUGUGCGGAGGAGAGGAUGGCUGAACUCAUGAUGAUCUGGGAACGGAACAAGUCUGUGAGCCCGACAAUCAAUUCAACCUCCACAGCUGUUCAGAAUGAGCGCAAUUUGUCUCAGAGUCGGCGUGUUCCAAAGAUUGGACCAUAUCCAGAUUACUCUUCAUCCUCCUACAUUGAAGAUUCUGUGCACAACACAGACAGCAUUGUGAAGAAUAUCUCAUCUGAGACUUCAUUGUCUAGCACUCCUCUCACCACUGGUGAAAAGAAUCGGAACUCCAUUAACUAUGAAAGGCAGCAGGCGCAGGCGCGCCUACCCAGCCCAGAAACCAGUGUCACCAGCUUAUCAACUAACACUACCACUACCAACACCACCGGAUUUACACCAAGCACUGGAAUGACUACAAUAUCAGAGGUCCAGUAUUCAGAUGAAGUUAUGCAUGGCAUGCAGCAGAUGGGUCCCACGCCUGUGUGUUUGCAACUGACUGAGGAAGACUUAGAGACUAACAAGUUGGAUCCAAAAGAGGUAGAUAAAAACCUCAAGGAGAGUUCAGAUGAGAACCUCAUGGAGCAUUCCCUCAAGCAGUUUAGUGGACCUGAUCCACUGUGCAGUACAAGCUCUAAUUUAUUUUAUCCAUUGAUAAAGUUGGCAGUGGAAUCCACGGGACAUUCCGAUUUCACCCAAACUGGGAAUGGCCAACCUUGCUUAGUGCCAGAUGUUCAUCCUGCCCAGAUAUAUCCUCUUCCUAAGCAACAGAACCUUCCCAAGAGACCUACUACCCUCCCACUGAACUCUAAAAACUCAAGCAAAGAGUCUAGGCUGAAAUUUGGAAGCAAGCACAAAUCUAACUUAAAGCACGUGGAGACAGGAGUAGCCAAAAUGAACACAGUGAGUGCUGCGGAACCUCAUGUGGUUACUGUAACCACCGCAGCAGUUGGGAGCAGGACUGGGUAUGUGAAUUCUCAGGGCCCCAUAGCCCAAAAUACUAACACUGCAGUUGUCUCCAGCACCAACUCUGUGGCCCACAGGGCUCAGGAAAUGCUACAGAACCAGUUCAGAGGAGAGGAUAGCCGUGUAAACAUUAACUCCAGCCCAGAUGAGAAUGAGCCCCUGCUAAGGCGGGAGCAACAGGUUGGACAAGAUGAAUCUGUCCUAGAUCGACUGGUGGAAAGGAGGGAGCGCCCUGUGGAAAGUCGAGUGAACUCCAAUAACAACAACAGCAAUCAGUGUGCACCUCAAGACACAGCUCCACAAACUGCUCCUGUAGAGCCCAGACAGCGUCAGACAAGAAGAGCACAGAGACCGAACUCUCUGGACUUGUCCACCACCUCUAGUAUUAUGGAUAAUUACAGCACACAUUGCGAAACCCUCUCUGACAGUCGACCUGGUUCAGGUGACAAGAUUAAGAAGCGAGUGAAAACCCCAUACUCCCUUAAACGAUGGCGCCCAUCCACUUGGGCCAUUCCCACUGAACACCAGGACUGUGAAGUCAACAACAAUGGCUGCAGAGAAGCCUUCAGCCACUCAAAGUCCAGCACAGCUGUUUACCUUAUUGAUGGGGUCACUGCAACAGCCGCCCUUCCUAAAGAGAGCAGGAUUAGCUGCUUGUAAAUGUUUUUUCUGUUUUUUUUUUGUAUGUUAUUCUUGUAUUUGAAAUUCUCCACGCUUUUUUUUUUUUUUUUUUUCCUCUCAUCAUUCAACGAGUGAAGACACAGGAAAACAAACAAACAAAAAAAAAAACAC